AGUAAGGUUGCCAGAGCUCAACGAGGGGUGGGGCGGGUUUAGGGUCGGCAACGCGCAUGUAACUCCUCAGGAGUUGCAGGCGUACAUAGGCUACGGAGACUGCUUACCAUCAGGCGGGCCGUAUGCUUGUUUGCCACCGACGUAAUAUAAAAAUAAAAAAAUUGACUAAGUCCCACGGUAAGCUCAAGAAGGCUUGUGUUGUGGGUACUCAGACAACGAUAUAUAUAAUAUAUACAAAUACUUAAAUACAAAGAAAACAUCCAUGACUCAGGAACAAAUAUCUGUACUCAUCACACAAAUAAAUGGCCUUACCGGGAUUCGAACCCGGGAUCAUCGGCAUAUACUAUUUACCUACUCAUAAAUCUAUUUAACAAUUAUUAGAUAGGUACAUGUAGUUUUACUAACGUCUUAAUAUUUUCAAGCAUAGCACAAUAUAUUAUAAUAUGUAAUGGUCGACUUGAAGCCAAUCGCGUACAAUUAAGUAGGUAAUGUAUUGUAUUUAGGCUUAUAAAGAGUAGGCACUACGCCAAUAAACUGUAUAUUGUUUUCGAUGUCAUACUAUUUGCGAGUACGUGUGGACAAUACAGAGGCUGUAAUGGGGACGAAGUUGUUUUGUUUUAUUCAUGUACCGUAGAAAUGAGGGAGAGUAGGUUACGCGAAAUACCAUCACCACGACCAAUUGUGUCGUAUCUUUUGUCACUUUAAUAAUGCUUGAGUAGUAUGUCUUUUAUUAUGUUUUAUGUUUAUUAAUAAGUUUGUGUGGUUUGUAAAUCAUAAAAUUUGGGGUCUCGUAAAGAUUAAUUUACCAGUUAGGUAAUUAAUAUCCGUAUGUUUUUGUUACAGGUUAUAGAGCUCAGGACAUCACAAAUAUAUGCCGCUAAGAUAAGCAAUUUUGCGCUGAACGCCCCUGGACUGAGACUAUGAAGAGGACCAGGUUACUGCUCGCUAUCGCGACGCUCCUAUUACAGGAUGCAAGAUGCGAAACUGCGGUGGACUCUGCUUCGUUGCCACUGGAGCACCGCGCGGGCGGCGGCUAUGGCCCGCCUCUACCUCCGUCACACUCCGACGACCCGUGGCCUUUAGCCACGCCGGAUAGCCCAAAGAUCAAACAUUUGCAAGUGCAAUGCGAAAAAACUCACAUGCGAGUUAAUAUUGAGUUCGAUCGCCCAUUCUAUGGAAUGAUUUUCUCUAAAGGCUUUUAUAGCGACCCUAGUUGUAUGCAUCUAAAACCUGGCACUGGACACCUCAGUGCCACGUUUGAAAUCUUCUUGAACAGCUGUGGCAUGUCUAGCUCUGCAAACCACAAUGUUGCUACUUACGGAAGUCCGACUCCGAGCGGAUCGUACGUUGAAAAUACAAUAAUUGUCCAGUACGAUCCCUACGUUCAAGAAGUUUGGGAUCAGGCAAGAAAAUUACGAUGCACCUGGUAUGACUUCUAUGAAAAAGCAGUUACAUUUAGACCCUUCCAAGUGGAUAUGUUGCACGCAGUCACAGCGAACUUUCUUGGCGACAACUUGCAGUGCUGGAUGCAGAUACAAGUCGGCAAAGGACCCUGGGCAUCCGAGGUGUCAGGCAUAGUGAAAAUAGGACAAACCAUGACAAUGGUACUGGCAAUAAAAGACGACGAAAACAAAUUCGACAUGCUUGUACGAAACUGUGUCGCGCACGACGGUAAGCGAGCACCUAUACAACUUGUAGAUCAAUACGGCUGCGUAGUAAGACCUAAAAUAAUGAGCAAAUUCCAAAAAAUUAAAAACUUCGGACCGUCAGCAUCAGUCGUAUCCUUCGCAUACUUCCAAGCAUUUAAAUUCCCAGAUUCAAUGAAUGUACACUUCCAGUGUGUCAUCCAGGUAUGUAGAUACAACUGCCCUGAACCUAAAUGUGGUGGUCUUGGAGCUGAUUACGGUGUACCACUACUGGGCGGCAACUCUCUCAGUGCUGGGGAAUACGGAGCGCCAAACUCACCUCAUGCCGAAUAUGGACCUCCACCACCGUCGCCGCACGGCGAGUACGGAGUACCUCCGGCGUUCCCCGACCCACGACACCCCGCAGAUGCAACCGGCUCCUUCUCAGAAAAACGUGACGAUGCUGUUCCACCCCCUCAGGCACAAGUCUCUUCUACACCUAAUGCACCUAGCCCAUCUUCCCCUGCGCCGUCGCGAGAUGAAGACGAAGUGAAUCUACCACCCCCACCACCACCGGGCCGUCGCGGCGUAUACAACACAGUCAAGAGGAAAGAUGAAGCUCAUGGUAAUCUCGCAACUCUUGGAGGACGACCACGAUCAGUAGAAGAUUUGCCAGAAAGAUUAGUGGGCGCGAGACGGCGGAGAGAAACAUCAACGCAUUCACGCAUUUACAAGCGUGACGCUCAAGAAAUGACAGAUGUAAACACUAGUCGUACAAUUCAGGUUGUAGCACCGGGUGACGUUAAUUUCGCAUUGAAUAACGCAGCGGGUAACGAAACAGUAGUUAUUCAAUCUCCCGCGAGUGAUCCGGAGACGAUCUGCAUGUCGGUUCCGUCGUUUGUGGCGGGACUGGUAAUGCUGUUGCUGGUGCUGGUCGUGGCGUCGCUGGUGGCCGCCUUCCUAUUCGUGCGCGUGCGCGCGCUGGAUCGAAAGGGCGCGCAUGGCGCCGCUGCAUACUACGAGACGGAUUACGUAAAGCACGCUAACUAGAUUGUCAGUGUGUCGGUGUGUGUGACGCAAGGACGUUCCAUAAACUCUUCUCGGAUCCAAAGAGCGUGCGUGCUUCGGCCCCGGCCGGACGGCGCCGCGGCUGUCGCGGUCGCGAUCGAAGCCCGGUGACGUGUGACUUAUUUAUUUAGUUAUUUAAUGAGCGUGAUGUCUUUGUUCGACUGUUUUGUAAAUUAUUUUAUUCGUGUGAAACGCACUCUGUACUGCCUUAUACCUAUAGUCGAUACGUCUGUUGUAAUUUUGUAAAGAGUCGUAAGUAAGGAUUGUAAGGAAAAUAGUCCUUAAGUUGUAUACCAAUUAAAGUGUCGUGUGGAAAGUUAAAA